AUCUCAGCAAGUGGCCUUGUCUUGGCUGCUUUCUUGUUCAACUCCAUUUAUAGUCUCUGGUGAGUUAAGCUUGCGUUUGACUUCCAGCUUAGAAUUGAGGUGCUUGCAUGGUGGUAUAAUCUGGAAGACAGAUGGGGGUAUCCAGAUUAGGAUUAGUAUCAGUCAGGUAAAUCAAAGCUUUGUCCUUUUACUUAUAACUACAGUAGAUCUCUGGAUGGAAUCAAAUGGGAAAGAAACAAACAAGGAUGAGAAAAAUGGGAUCCACUAGUUCCCUUAGAUAUCUUCCUGUUUCCUUCUUGAUUUGUUCUUACAUUGUUUCGAGUGGCGAACGCGGAAAAGGAGUAGAAUUACAUGAUGAACAACAUCUGCAUGUUUGUCUGCAAAUACAUUACCUCUGUCCUCUCAUGCCGAAAAUGGGUAUUAUGUAGGAAGCAUGAUGGCUUUAAUGUAUAACUGGUUAAAGGUUUCCUUUGACUGCCCUGUUUCAGUUCCUUCAAAAAGUUAAAUUUUGCAGCUUCUAAUCUUUGUUUCUUGUUGAAAUACCCUUUUGUUGUUCAUUCUGCCUGCAUUGUGGGCUGCCUGUCCUCUUCUUAGGAAGCUGGUGGCAAAACGCGACACACUUAAAUCUGUCGUUUUCCCCCUGUUAAAUUGUUGCAACCUGCUGAUGGACAACAUAAACUGUAAUCUAACAUAAUUGGAGCAAGAUGGGAAAAGAGGAAUUAGUCCGCUGACAUAAAACAGAAUAUGACAAGGCGAGGAAUAUGAACGAAUUACGAUGGAGGGGAAAGAGCACGUCGAUUAUACAGUUGUUAAAGAGAUCCAAUAUUUGGUGGUAUCGUGACUAAUUUCCUCUCCUUGUUUUCUGCAUGGUUAUCGCUUCGAAGGAAACAAAAUGACGGUGGUGGCAGUUUAAAGUCUGGAGAAACUUGGAUUGUUUAGCUGAGGAGACCAAAUCCAGAGCAAGGCUAGACCAGUAACUGCUACUGUGUUAGUUUGUUUAUCUGUGAAGAAGAACCAGUGUGAAGGAAGGACCCUUCACUGGUUUCAGGCUGGCAUGCAUUUACUUAUGAAGGCUGAGACUGAAGCUGAUAGCUCUAGCUUGGAAUCAAACAGUCUCCGGGGAACAUUGCACGAUUUGGAUGAAGUCCACAUCAAGCUUGCCUCGCAGGAAGAUGCAAUGGCCGACUCUGCACACUCGAUCCCAUCAACAGCUGGUAUUUCUAAUUUGUACAUUCCGUACCUGUUUGUUGUCCUGUUUACUGAGAAUGCUAUUUGCUCCCUUGUUUUCGGUGCACUUGCUUUGAACUUGCAGUCUAUUCUAACUUCUGCACCUGGUUUGACAAAGAAACUUCACAUAAGAAGACAACUAAAACCUCCAUCAAAACAUUGCCUCAAUGAACUCCACAAAAACACCAGCUCAUAAGCAAGAAGAAAAAUGUCUUACCUGGCAUGAAGUAGCUGUGUCUGGAAAAGCUGUUAUUAGAGCAGAUAUCACAAUAAACAAACCCCAUAACUCUGAUUUGGGCAUUUCUAGUGGGUGGCUCAACCUUUCGGGACAGGGAUAUGGUGAACAAAGAUGAGACGAACAAAACAAUAAUAACAGGAUGAUUCAUGGCAAGAUGAGAGCAAGUAGGAAAUAUAGACUUCUCCCCACACUAAGGCUUCUUCAACCUUUGUGAGUGCUUUGGAUUUUAGUGGCAAAGAAUUUUCAGAGCAUUACCAUGUACUACUAGAAGAUGAGCUCUUCUUCAGGUUGUGUGGAUAAAGAAACGGAACAACAGCAGAGAAUAGUUGGUGAAUUCCAGCUUUGAGCGACAAGUAGGAGAAAAUGAAUUUUAAUUCUUCUUUUUCUUCCCCUCACUAGAAACAAGGUCAUGUGAAUAUCAUUUGGCCUAUAUGGAGGGAGGAUGUGUAGCGGUAGGGAGAGGGAGUAGCUUUCAGUGGUCCGUUGGGCUUGAGUAGAAGGCUCUUUCUUUAUUGCUUAGGGGGAGGAAAAGCCAAUAGCAAUUUAUAGGCUCACAGAAGGGAAAAUGAACAAUGUGGUUAAGGGUGUGGAAGUAGAGCUUUAGGGCUAUGUGAUUAGUGUCUGGUUCAACAAGCCACUUAUCCAUGGAAAUUUAUGGCACACAUGCUUGCUGCCAUGGGUGGGUUGGUCGGUGUAGUUGUUAGCAAUAACUAUGAGAGGGGGGAUAAGAGAGUAGAGACCAGAUAGUAGAUAGAGAGGCUUCAUUUUUAUCUGAUUCAGGCAGUUCAUAUGAGUCUUUCUUAAAAAACAUUACGUAAUAGCAAGCAAAAGAGCCAUGAAUCACAUGGGCUCAGUUAAAAGUGGGAAUGUCUCCCCCACUUGUAGAAACCAAAGGAAACAGUGCACCUUCAAGAGAAAGAAGAGCUAAAAUGUACUAACUAGUAACUGCUUACCGUCCUCACUCUCUCCCUCUCUCUUUACCUGCUCCUCUUCCUUCAUUUGCCUCAUUUCUGUAGCCAGGCUCUCUGAACUGAGCAUUAAUGGUUGAUGUCAUAAAAGCAAAGUGAGGGUGUGGUAGGAAUGGAAUGGAAAGGAAGGAGGGAGGGAGAAGAGAUGGCUUUGAUGAAUGCUGAAUGGUAGCUGCUAGUGCAUUGUGUCAUUUCACUUUCAACUUCUGAUAAGAGAGCCAUAACCCAUUUUGGGUGGCCUUAUUUAUACGUAGUAGGUUGAGGAGCUAUUGGCGCGUUGUUUGUUUUGUUUGUUUCUGUCAUGAAAAGGCUUUACUGCUCCAUAGUUGCUUUAUCUUGUGCCUUAUCUGUCUAAUAUAGGAUUUUGUUCGGUACAAGAUUAGUUUGUGAAAUCUUAUUGCACCAGCUUGGUGUACUGGUGCAACUACGUAUUAGUAGAGAUCAAGUAUUGCUAGCUUGAUUUCAGCAUUAUAGUUGAAGUAUUAUGCCCCGUUUAGUAUAGUUUUCAUCCUGUUUUGCUCACUAUGGUUUUUCAAAGAUGCACCCUACUCUGGUCUUUGUUCUGCUGUUGGUACAAGCCACUCUACUCUUGGUAGUUGCAAGCCUCUGCCUGCCAUAUGAUUCAUUACAAUACAGCCUGUCUGAACAAACAUUCUGAUCUUUUGUUCCCCUGGCUUUUAUAGCAAUUUCAUCUGUCCUUUCUCAAUGGGCUGAAGCCCAAUGCUAACAGCCCAAUUCCCAUUCUCAUCAGCUCAUAUCAGCCCCAUAGCAAGCCUGUGGUCUUUAGAAUCAGAAAACACCUUAAUUAGGCCCUGCCUAUAAUUUAAUAAGGAAAUCAACCAUCACUUUCCAUUCCGAUUUCCAUGCCUGGAAAUUGACAGGAAGAUUAGGUCAAAAUCUUAAAUGUAGGAGCUAUAUUAGGGAAGGUGAGGAGAGGAUUCAUUUGACUGGUCCACCACAGUGUUGGCCCAAAAGUUAGGGCAUGUACUACCCUUUGGAUUUUCGACCUAUAUCUAGACUACUUCCAAAGUUUUGAUCUCAAAUUUGGAACUUUGUAUUGGAGCCACGACUAGUUGGCUGGCUGAUUAACAAUAACUUCAUGUUUGUAAGAAGCUUACUGUUUGUCUGAUAAUUAUGUAUCUAUCACAUAAUCCCAAAGCUAUGCAGUACAGAUUAUAUUAAACAAAACUUUGAGCAAUUUUUUUUAUAUAAUGCAUACUCCCCUGUUUAUGAAAACUGAAAAGUCAAACUCUUAGCUUUAAUUAACUCCUAAUUUGAUGGCAAAAGAUUUUCUGUUAAGCAAACCGACUAUGUUUGUCUCAUGUUACCAUUUGUUUUUAGCUUUUGUUGAAUUAGAUUGAAUGAAUGCAUUGAAUUUUAUGUUUUUGAGUUGAAAAGGUCUAAAAAUGAAUUCUAUAUCAUUCUAUUACAUGUUCUUUCACAAUAAAAAUAUAACGGUCAAUAUUCUUUUUUAUUUCUUGCAAGGAUUGUUCAUGUCAAUUUUUUGAAAUGAUGUUAAAAAAUGACCGUUAUAUAGUUAAUAGCGUGUAUUGUUCUCAUUACCAUCUUUUUCGAUUUUUGGUUCAAUUUCAUUAUUUUAAAAACUUUAGAAGAUCAUUGUUUGUCUACCUGAUAUAUUUUGGUUGAUGAAAGAGUCAUUCUAAGUAGGUUAAAAAUUGGAUAACUUGGAUUGGUUGAAAGGGUGCCACCUGCCGAGGCGUAAGAGAGGGUGGGAAACAAAGUAACAUUUUGGUUUUGGACAAAAUAGAACGAUUUGUCUGUGGAGUUUAAGUUGAGUGAGAGUUGGAAUUAAGGAGGGUAAAUAAAGUACGCUUUUCACUGAAAUAAUUGAAUCAUAUGUCUAUGUUAAAAAAAAAAAAAAUUGAAUCAUGUGUUUUUUUUCUAAAUAAUUUUACUACAAUAAGAGAGUCGGACAAAGGAACACAUUGCCGCCUGAGUGCUGCUGGCCAGGACAAGCACAAGCCACUUGGUUCCCUUUGUCAAAUCCAAGGCCACGGGCGGCGCCUCCGACGCCACAUCCGACGGCCUCGCCUAUGUAUAUUGUUUCCCCUCCAUUUUUUUAUAGUGAAAGAAAUGGCUCCUCUUGUC